UGGUUCAGGGGUGCAAUAUGCUGUUAUAGACGGCAGUCAGCUCGAAUCGAAAAGUGGGAACAGGAAAAAGCGCGCACCGGACAAAUAGAUGUUACUUUACACCGGUAAGAAAAAAAAAUGAUGGAGGAAGACGAAACUCCUGAGCAAGAAUCCAAUUCACUUGAAACUGAGCAAAAUGAGGAAGAGGAAGACGAAUCUGCUUCCAAAAAGACAAUCCUUCCCUCUCAGAUUUCUGAAGCAGAAUCAGGUGUUAUCUACUUGAGUCGCAUACCUCGUUUCAUGAAUGUCAAAGUAUUAAAAGAGCAACUUUCCCGUUGUGGAAAAAUUGGACGAGUAUUUCUACAAGCUGAUGGGGAAUCUCGAGUUUGUAAAAAAGCACGUAUUUACAAAGAAGGCUGGGUUGAAUUUAAAGAAAAAAAACAUGCAAAGCGGGCUGCAAAGUUGUUAAAUGGACAGGAAGUACAAAGUAAACACAGGUCUCCAUGGGCUGGAGAAGUUUGGAAUAUCAAAUAUUUAAGUAGAUUCCGCUGGAGACAUCUUGGAGAAAGUCUUGAAUUUGAGAAAGCAGCACAUAAAAUGCGUCUACAAGCAGAAUAUUCCAAAGUUAAACGCACUGCAAGCUUUCGCCUUGAAAGCAUCCAAAAAGCAGAAACAUUAAAAAAAGUUAAAGAUAAACGGAAAAAGAAAGUAGUGGCAUCAUCAGACAUUAAUUUUGAAGGCAAAGGUUUUUAUCAAAAACAAACAGAGGAAGAAGUUUUAAAGAGAAAGAAAGCAAAAUUAAAGGAAGGGGAAACAAACCGUUUUGAAAAGAAGCCAUUUGCUGGAAACCAAAAAGGAUGUUCUAAAAUAUUUUCUGCAGCAUUUUCCUCUUAAUGUAUAUUUAUCAUUUGAAUAAAAUAUAAAAAUCCAUAACAC